GAGCGCUGUUUUCAGAAGUUCAGAAAAUUAAUAAGACGUAGGACGCCCGACGCCUAUCUAUGACGCCUAUUAGCUAUUCUUCACUAUUCUCGUCUACGCGCAUGACGAAAAAGAAUUGCACAAUGCACAGCGCCCGUCGACACCGCCAGCCGUGGGUCUUUGUCUGCGUUUUGCGCCACCGCAUUUGCCGUUUCGCGUCGCUCCGUGGUUACCGUUGUUCCCUGGCUCGCGCAUUGUCCGCCGCAGACGCCGAAAUUACUGCUCACCACCGUGUUCCGCCGUUCGUUGAAUAACAAUAAUUGUCGACUCGACAUUAUUGAUGGUUAAAACAUUGUGACCGUUGACGCUCGGCCGUUCAAUCUGUUCUUCAAAAGCCAUUUCCGCGGCCCGCGCGACUUUAUAACUGUUUGGUCGACCAACGUGUUUUUCUCACCCCCCGCCCACCGUUCCGACCGAUCGUCUAGACUUGCGGAGACAGCUCUAGAGACCGGCGAGUGGCGUCGGACGCUUCGAAAAUGGCUUCAAACUUCGGAAAAGUCACGCCAAAUCAAGAGGUACGUAUUAAAACUGAAAAGGACGAUGCUGAAAUCAAUGCAAUGGCUCUUAAAUUGAAAGAAAUUUAUAGAAAAAAUGCUUUAGCCGCAGCAAGACAAAUGAGUGCUUCUCCGGCUAAGGUUUAUACUAACAAAGCCAAUAGAACAGUAGCUUUGAUUAUUACUUCAGCAAUCAAAAAUGAUAAUAAUACACCAAAAAAUAAUGAAGAAGAAUUACUUGAACAUUGUGAAGAUAUAGAAAGUAGAAAAUUUAGAUUUUCUUGGAAAUCAAUCGCAGGAUUCCAUGUACCGUACAUCAUACGCUUAAUUAAUGGUGAAUAUUUAAAGUUUGUAUCCACACGGAUGGCUGAAACUCACCUACUUAGCAAUUAUUUACAUCAUUUACAUUCAGAUAUUUAUACAUCAUGCACAUCAGUAAAUUGUCAUUUUAUCACUGAUCCAGAAGCAAAGCUAUUAAAUGACAUCAACUAUAACCAUACUAAUUGUGUGUAUGGAAAAGAAAUAUUCUUUGCAGGGAAAGAUUUUAUUGCUCCUUUAGAAGAUGUUCAUGAAUUUUAUACAUUCAUAGAAGUAUGUUAUAAAAAAUUACUGUGUAAUAUUACUCCAGAUCACAACGAAGUAUGCGGUUUUAUACGUAUUAACUCUGAGUCCGUUGUACCAUAUUGUAUUAAAAACGGCCAAAAAUAUGUUCCACUAUUCUACUUUGAAGGAGAAACAGAAAACCUUAUAAAUCGAGCUAUAAAAUUAGAAAAUUGGAACUUGUCCUAUCUCAAGUUCUGUUGUAAAGUUCAGGGUAUCAGAAAUGAGUUGUUUGCUAGUGACUCUUGCACAGUGGCCCGUCUUAAUGAUAUUAAGAAAUAUUUUCCACCAGAUACAAGUUUUGAGGAAUAUUGGCCAGCUAAGGUGGUUGAUACAUAUCUCCUAACUAAUCAGAAGUCUACUCAUGUCAGUUCAUCCUGUGCCUGGAUCAGAAAACCCCCUGAAGUAGUACCUCCUAAAAAUACUAUUUCUCACACUUUACCAGCACCAGUUAUACCACAGACUACGCCAGUGAUUAUGACUACUCAUCAAAACGGAUGGCCACCAAAUCAAAUGGUUAAUUCAUAUAGCACUCAUGCCCAACCAACAUCAACAACUCGUGCCUACUCUAUGGUGACUGAUAAUCAAAAUAUGGCUGCCCACUGCUAUAAUACGUUUUCAAUGGAUUCACGGGGUUCAACAAUGUCUCAAAGUAACAUUUCAUUAAACGGUAUAGGGCAUGUACUACCACCGCCUCUAGUUCAUGUAGGCAGUACGACACCAGUAAUUGGCCAAUAUUUGACAACUAUAUACAAUCCAAUGACCAAUAGCAAUGUGAUGUCAUACUCAAAUCAAAUUCGACAAGUAUAUAGUCAACGUGCUAUUAAUAAUAGCCAACCCCAACAACAGUUGCAGCAACAACAACAACAGAUAAUUACUACUCAUCAAACUCAACAGUCAUACAGUGGCCAACCUGUGUAUGGUCGUUUCACCAACACUCAACAGCGCAACACCUUGAGAAAUAUUGGGCCAAUCAUAACUACUGAAAUCAUUGACUUAUCAACUCCACCAUCAAGCCCCAUUCCUUCACCUGAACCAGAGACUUUUCUCCGCCCUAAUGUUGGAUGGGAAUUGACGAGAAUACCUGAACGUACAUUUCUACAGGGCUCAUCAACUAGUGCUGCAUACAAGAUCCAAAAAACGACACUUCAAGGGCAAACAAUCCAUUGCAUAAAUGCCAAACCUUACAUAUAUUCUGAUUUGAUGGUGACCUUAGAGGAUCUAGUGCAGAUGAUGUUACCUUUGUGCACUAUUGAGAGAUGCGCUCACAUUUUGAAAAAAUACUUAAAAACGACCCUAUUCAGUGGAAAUUCUGAACAGUUGGCAGUAUUGCAAGAUAACGGACGCCUCAGGUCAAUGUACCCUGAAGACACACCAAUGGCCAUGCUGCAAGACAUUGUGAAAGUGUUUUUGCAGUUAAGGACAUUGGUGUCCAAGUCAGAUGAUGAAAUACAGCAGUUUUAUCAAUAUACUGGUGUGCUGUCAAAGAGACAACGUACCAGCUAAGGAUGGGACGGUCACGGCAAUGGCGGCGCGACUAGCUGAAGCCGGUGGUUGGCAGCAGUAGCAGCGGUGGUGUCACUACCAGCCCCCACAGGCACCAUUGGUUAGUACCCACCGACCGCAACAAUUGGCUUCACACUGGUGCUGGUUCGUCGCAAUCGCCACACCCGCAUCAACCACCACAAACCACUGAUGCAUAAUAACUACCAGAGCUGAAGCAUCUGGCCAUCUCCCCUGCCCUAUAUGUAAUAAUAACUACCGCAGCAUAAGUAAUCUGUGUGUCUAUGUAAUGUACACUGGUCGUCGGUGCCCAUUUCCUCUUCAAUUUAAUACAUUCUGUAUUGUUAUUUUUUAUUAUUUUCUGAAUUCCUAUACAAUUGAGAUUAUGUCGAUCUUUUAGAAUAUUCUUUUACUAUGAUUUUUUCCUAUAAAUGAUAUGUGUACAUUGAACAUAGUAUGUACAUAAUAAUAUGUACUAACAAAAAUAAUUUUAUUUACAUAAUUCACUAUUACAAUUAUUUUGUUUAUUAAAUAUUAUGAUAAUUUUGGAUCUUUGUCAUUUUCCAUUAUUUCUCAUCUUUGCAUUUAUUUUAAGUAUUUAUUUGAAUUUUAGUUUUAAAUAUUAUAUUGAACAGUUAACACUUGAAAAAUAAUUAAUUGAUUAUAUUUUGACUAUAUUUAACUUUUGUAUUGACCAAUAAAAAGAAAUUGGGACUUAAUA